AUGGCGGUGGUGGAGAAUGCCGGGGCGGACACGAUGACGUCAUCGAACGGCGACGCCCCACUCAACGAUUUCGCGGCGGAUCACCAUCACCACCACCACCACCAGCAGUCGACGAAAGCAGCCGGGAACAACCAAAAGUCAACUAAGCCCACUGAUCAGAAUUUCCAUAUGUUGCAGCAGAAGGUUUCCAAAGGCCACCAUCCGCAGCUCGAGCAGUUCCCGAUCAACGGAAAUGGAGCCCCGAUGGAAAAGAAAGCUGACGUGGACGAUGAUGGAGGAGAUGGGUUUAAGAAGGAGAUGAGGGAUUUAGAGGAGAUGCUUUCCAAGUUGAACCCCAUGGCCAAAGAAUUUGUGCCGCCUUCUCACACCGCCAUUGGUGGUGGUGGUGGUCAUAGAAUUUUGGUUGUGUCUCCACAAGCCGCCGCAGCUAUGGCUGCAGCUGUGGCGGGGCAAUUUGGGUAUAAUGGUAAUGGGUUUCUUAUGCAGCAGCAUGUUAGCCCAGGCCUUCCGACUACUGGGAAUUCUUUUAGAAGGAAGAAAAAUGGCUAUACUAAUGGAAAGCAGAGGAUGAAUAGCCGAACGAGCAUGGCUCAAAGAGAAGAUGUGAUUAGGAGGACAGUGUAUGUUUCCGACAUUGAUCAACAGGUUACGGAGGAGCAUCUUGCAGCGCUUUUUAUUAGUUGUGGACAGGUUGUGGAUUGUCGAAUUUGUGGUGACCCCAAUUCUGUACUUCGUUUCGCCUUUGUUGAAUUCACUAACGAGGAAGGGGCGAUGAAUGCUUUAAGUUUGGCGGGAACUAUGCUUGGGUUUUAUCCGGUGAGAGUACUACCUUCCAAGACUGCAAUUGCACCUGUAAAUCCAACUUUCUUGCCAAAGUCCGAGGAUGAAAGGGAGAUGUGUGCAAGAACUAUUUAUUGUACAAACAUCGACAAAAAGGUCACUCAAGCAGAUGUCAAGCUCUUCUUUGAGUCUAUUUGCGGAGAGGUUCUUCGUUUGAGGUUGCUUGGUGAUUUUCAUCAUUCAACACGCAUAGCUUUCGUGGAGUUCGUUGUGGCUGAGAGUGCAAUAGGAGCUCUGAACUGCAGCGGAGCUGUCUUAGGAUCACUGCCUAUAAGGUUCGAUUUCCAUUUUCAUCCUAUUGCAUUUGUUCCUGGUAAGCCCAUCAAAGACUCCAGUCCGACCCCGUUCACCGCGCUAAAUCUCUGUGCACUGAAACCGUUGGAUGAGUUACUCUCUCAUGUGGCUGAUCUUGACCAUCAACUAGUACACUGUGCUUUAGAAUUCACAGCUCCACUUCCGGUGAAGGAACUGCUGACGAAGUUUGAAAGCCGGUUUGUGGUGACGUCAUCAAGAAAAUUUUCAGACAAUAAUAAUCUUCCUCCAAAUUUUGAGUUACAACUGGGCAAAACAUACUAUCUUCAUCCUUGUAAUAAAGCUACCGAUCAUGUUACAACUGAUGUGAAAGCCGCCGAGCCCGAGCCCGAGCCCAAGCCCGAACCCGAACCCGAGCCAAACGGUGUGUCUUCUGUCAAGAGGAUUAAAGUUGUGAUUACAAAGAAGCAACUUCAAGAGUUGCUGUCAAACAAGACGAUAAAGAAGAAAAGAAAUCCCUCCUCGCAUUUUUCUUUCCGCAGCUUUCAGCAGUCUCGAGAAAGAAGAAAGGUGAAGAAGGCUUUUAGAUCCCCUGCCAACGAUGGUGAGAAGAGGAGCAUCAGUAGAAGAAGAGAUGACAAUGACCACGAGGAAGAAGAAAAGAAGAGAGGAAAGAGGAGAUGGAUAUUCCGUAAGAAUUCCCCUCUCGAAACUACUAUACAGCACAAUGUAGCCAAAGGUUCAAAUUCUUGUACCGUUAUUGUUAGCGCAAACACACAAGACAGAGAAGCAAAUUUGGUGGAAAACUCUUGUGUAUCUGAUCAAAGACGCGCAGUUGAAACUGCACAAGAAGCUGCAGUAGAUACUAUUCGUCUUAGACGAUCAUCCAUUUGUGUCGAAGAACGCCGUGCUGCUGUUCGUAUACAGGCCAUCUUCAGAGGAUACCUAGCAAGGAGAGCUCUGUUGGCAUUGAAAGGCGUUGUGAAAUUGCAAGCUCUAGUAAGAGGAUACAAUGUGCGUAAGCGAGCAAAGAUGACUCUCCAAUGUAUCCAAUCUCUCGUCCGUGUUCAAUCUCUCGUAUGCGAUCAACGCAGGCGGCUUUCCUGUGAAGCAAAUUCCGUUUCUAGAAAUACGAAUAGACUUUCGUGUAAUCCGCAUUCGCUUGACGAGAUUCAAACUCUGAUAGACAAAGCCGAAGAAUGUUCGCUCAGACAGAGAAACACACUCGCUCAUAUCUUGUCGAACCAGAUUCGGACACUCGGCGACGAGGAUCAAUUUCCAUACAACAACUAUCAAGAAUUCGAAGAAGAAGAAAACAAGAGAUUUUCAGGCAGCUGGAAAACAAACCAUCCAGAAACAGGGGUUGUUAGAAAGGAUCGGAACUUGUGUGUUCGAACGGAUCCAAUAAAGACCGUUGAAAUCGACACCUCUUCACCCUACUUAUACACCUCACCCAGAACUCCAUCCUCGUCAAAGAUAGAGUCCGUUAAAGUUCAUUCUUGCAGCCCGCGUCAUCGAGCAAGGGAAACAAACUAUCAAACAGCUGAAACGCCAACUUCACGCUCGAUCUACUUACACAGAAUGAGUAUGAGCGAGAGUUCUUGCUCGUUGCCUCAGCCAAGCUACAUGGCUGCCACUGCAUCAGCCAUAGCUAGAGUUAGGUCACUUAGUACACCGAGGCAGAGGCCUAAUUUGAGCCCAAGAAGAGGAGAUCAAACGGGUUCAUCAGCAAAGAAACGACUAUCUUUCCCUGUUCCGGAACAUGCCUAUAUUAAUGCGGAUGAUAAACCGAAUAUCCAAACGUACAAGGGCUUUCGUUCUGACCAAUUUGGCCAAGGGCAAAGGUCUAAUGUUACAUGUUAUUACACGGAAUAAGAUUUUUGUCACCAAGCUAGCUAAUCUUGUUCUGAUGCAAAAACAUGUUCAUCUGAAUGAAUGCUUUUACUUUGGUAGUA